UUGUACGUGCGCGCACUGAUCAAUAUGGAUGCUGGCUGCGUCCGAGGUCCGUUCGUCGGUGCCGUGCGUAAACAGGUCGCGCGACCUUUUUGAAAGGGCGAACGUGCGAACAAUCGCCGUCGGUGGGUUUUCUCGCUCCGCUCGAGCCGCGCGCCGUGCAGGUCGAAGUCGCGAGUCACUCGCGCGCGGUCGUACCUUCGCGACCGGAUGUGUCGUCAUGUCGCGUUGGCCGAGCUCGUGCAUCAUGACACAUUUUACACACUAACACUCUGACCGCCAAAAAAACAUCGUGUGUUACAUCGUAGAUUUUACUUUGCGCGGACGUGAACGAGACAACGUCCCAGGAUGGUUCUCGCGGACCUCGGGCGUAAAAUUACGUCCGCCCUGCGGUCGCUGAGCAACGCGACCGUCAUCAAUGAGGAGGUUUUAAAUUCUAUGCUGAAGGAGAUAUGCGCAGCGUUGUUGGAAGCUGAUGUAAAUAUUAGAUUAGUGAAGAAAUUGCGGGAGAAUGUGCGUCAGGUUAUCGAUUUUGAGGAUAUGGCUGGUGGUCUUAAUAAAAGGCGGAUGAUACAGAGCGCAGUUUUUAAAGAGCUCGUAAAGUUGAUUGAUCCUGGCGUUAAAGCGUACCAACCGGUAAAAGGCCGUCCUAACGUGAUCAUGUUUGUCGGUUUGCAAGGGUCUGGUAAAACGACCACUUGUACCAAACUUGCGUAUCAUUAUCUUAAGAAAAACUGGAAGGCGUGUUUAGUAUGUGCCGAUACUUUCCGUGCUGGUGCGUACGAUCAGAUAAAACAGAACGCCACGAAAGCUAGGAUACCAUUUUAUGGAAGUUACACAGAGGUAGAUCCCGUAACGAUCGCGCAAGAUGGCGUCGACAUGUUCAAGAAGGAAGGGUACGAAAUAAUUAUUGUUGACACAAGUGGAAGGCACAAACAGGAAGAAUCGUUAUUCGAGGAGAUGUUGCAAGUGGCCAAUGCUGUGCAACCAGAUAAUAUAAUCUUCGUGAUGGACGCAACGAUAGGUCAGGCCUGCGAGGCUCAAGCGAAAGCUUUCAAGGAACGCGUCAACGUCGGCUCGAUCAUAAUCACGAAAUUGGAUGGCCACGCGAAGGGUGGUGGUGCGCUUUCUGCUGUUGCAGCGACACAAAGUCCUGUAAUAUUUGUUGGUACGGGAGAGCACAUAGACGAUCUAGAACCGUUUAAAACCAAACCGUUUAUCAGUAAAUUAUUGGGCAUGGGAGACAUCGAGGGUCUCAUUGACAAAGUGAACGAGCUCAAUUUAGACGACAACGAGGAGUUGCUCGAAAAGAUCAAGCACGGUCAAUUUACCUUACGAGAUAUGUACGAACAGUUCCAAAAUAUCAUGAAGAUGGGACCAUUUUCACAGUUAAUGGGUAUGAUACCUGGAUUCAGUCAAGACUUUAUGUCGAAAGGCACAGAGCAGGAAUCGAUGGCGAGAUUAAAGCGACUUAUGACUAUUAUGGAUAGUAUGAACGAUUCAGAAUUGGACAGUAGAGACGGAGCUAAGUUAUUUAGCAAACAGCCCGGGAGGAUAGCGAGAGUAGCGAGAGGUUCUGGCGUAACGGAGAAGGAAGUCAAAGAUUUAAUUACGCAGUACACAAAGUUCGCAGCGGUCGUUAAAAAGAUGGGCGGUAUAAAGGGCUUGUUCAAGGCCGGCGACAUGGCCAAGAACGUUAAUCCUACGCAAAUGGCGAAGCUGAAUCAUCAAAUGGCCAAGAUGAUGGAUCCACGUGUAUUACAUCAAAUGGGUGGCAUGCCAGGUUUGCAAAAUAUAAUGAAACAGUUACAGCAAGGCGCCGCCGGUGGAUUGGGAAAUUUAAUGGGCGGUUUCGGCGGUAAAUCCUGAGAUGAGGCACCGGGCAGUGCGACCACUGCCGUUAACGACUGUUACAUACAACCCACGAGGAAAUUACGUCGUAUUUGAAUCGCGACACGAUAGGAGGAAUUGCGUUCCGAGUUCUUUCUUUUCACACUAAAUGUAUUUUAUAAAUAACGGCAUCUCGAGGAAAAAAACAAUCACGUGUAACGGCAGCGACGUUUGAUAGUAAAUACCGCGGACGUCUUUCUAACAAAGCGCCCAUCGAAAUCGUUGAGAAAUGUCUUUUGGUGUAUAAGUACAAUAAAUUAUCAAGAUACUCUA